AAAGGGUUGGAAGUACAAUGUUCCUUCAGAUAUUAUAAAAGCAUUCUUAGAGUUUCCAACAAAAACAAGUUAACAAUAUCAAAUCAAAUGUAUAACAUGUUAGGGUGGCGACCUUGGAAAACAACAUUUCCUAAUGCUUUGUCUAUUGUGGAACUUAAGGUGCAUAUGGAUUGCCAAGGGUGUGAAGAAAGAAUAAGAAGGGUUAUCUCCAAAUUAAAUGGUGUUGAUAGCUUGGAGAUAGAUAUGGAAAAUCAAAAGGUAACAGUUAUAGGGUAUGUAGACAAAAGCAAGGUAUUGAGGAUUGUGAGAAGAACAGGAAGAAAAGCUGAGUAUUGGCCAUAUCCUUAUGAUAGUGAAUAUUAUCCAUAUGCUUCCCGAUAUUUGGACGAAUCUACUUUUAAAUCUUCAUAUAAUUACUAUAGACAUGGUUUUAAUGAGAAUGUUCAUGGCUAUUUUCCUGAUCAAGCAUAUUCAACUGUCCCUGAUGAAACAGUCUUUCUGUUUAGUGAUGACAAUGUUCAUGCACCUUGCACCAUCAUGUAGUAAAUGAUUAAUUAUGUUUUUGAUUUUCUAGCAUUUACAUCCUACACUUGUAAUGUAUAUUCAAUGAAUUAUAUCUUGUUCUGAAACUAUA